AUGGCUGAAGGUACAGUAAAUUCUGAUGACAUGUUGCAGGACUCAGAUGAAAUUGAAGAGGUUGGCUGUGAACAAUGUGAAAAGUAUACUGGAAAAUAUGCGGUCGCCUCUGGACUCUGCCUGCAAUGCACAGAAUAUAUGUGCUCGAUUUGUAUUGAGUACCAUGCACGAUACAUGCCUGGACAUAAGAUUCAAAAUAAAUACAACAUGCCUAAGGACAUAUGCAACGUGAAAUGUUCUGACCAUUCUGAUCAAGUAAUAAAGUUUUAUUGUCCAUUAUGCGAUAAAUUUGCAUGUAUGACUUGCAAAGGUACUCAGCACCAGUCAUGUACACAAAUUGCACAUUUGCCGGCAAUUGUCAAAGAUAUAGAAAACUCUAGGGAACUAAAGGCAUUAGAAGAAGAAAUGGAGGAGAUAUCUAAAGACACGUGCGAAACAGAGCUACUGCUGGACAGUAAUAGAAACUUUGUAAAAAACCUUGAAGAUACUGCAAAGUCAGUGAUUAAUGAACACAAAAAAGAGCUUGUAAAAACAUAUAAUAAACAACAAGAAAGUAGCAUUGAAGAAUUUGAUCAGAAAAUGAACGAAAUUAUUGAAAAUCUUAAGAAAGAAAGACAGGAGAAAGUUGAAGCAGCUGUAAAAAAAGAAAAUCAAUUUAAGCAGACGAUACACAAGGUUGCAUGUAAUGUAUUAGGAAUUGUGGAGAAAGUUACAGAUGACGAAGUGAAUAAAAUAAAGAAUUUUUCUAAACAAACCAAAAAUAUAUCAACGCAAGUUCAAAGCGUGAAGUCAGAUAUUGAACUGAAGAAGAAAACACAGCAGAGAUGCAAGUUGUUCAUGGCAAUGAAAUCGGCUGAAAGACAGGCAAAUGAAUUAAAACAGAACAUGUUUGCUUUAAGAACAAACACGGAAAUACAGGUACAGCCAUUUAAGGUUGAAACUACCAAAAUCGGAAUGACCACAGAACAACUUGACGCAAGAAAAUCAUUUUUUACGUUGAAGCACAUACACGUUUCAAACAGAAAGAAAGUGGCAACAUAUUUGUAUAAAUCAAAUCUGCGAUCAUUUGAAGUUUCAAGUAUGUGCCUCCUGUCAAAUACACAGCUUCUUGUUGCUGAUGAAAAGAAGGAGUCUGUCCUUAAUUUCAGUGACCUAAAUCAUGGGAAAGACGACUUUAAAGUGAUUAAAAUUUCAUCCAGACCUGCCAUGGUUGCAAAGUGUGAAGAAACGGAAGCAGUUGUCACACUUCCAAAUCUUGGAGUAGUGACAUUCAUGUAUUUCUCAAGCUCUAACAAGUCUAUGAUUAAGACGGAAGACAUAAAAGUCGGUCGAAAUUGUUAUGGGAUUGCAUGUUGCCAGAUGAAACUUAUCGUUUCUUUCCUUAACCCUCCAAGAAUUGAAGUCAUGUAUAAAACUGGCGACACUAUAAUGACUUUUGAUACAGAUUCCGCAAAUAUGCCUAUGUUUUCCGCACCAAGGUAUUUAGCGGCCAGUCCAGAACAUACAAAAGUAUACAUUGUAGACACAAACAAAAAUAAUAUAACCAGUAUGACAUUUGAUGGUAAAAUUGAAAGUGUAUAUCAAGAUCAGCAACAAGAUGUUUCACAAAUCACAGUAGAUUUGUCAGGUUCUGUUUACGCGUGUGGGAAGAAAUCGAACAAUGUAAAUCAAUUGUCAAAUGAUCUUAACCUGGUGAAAACGCUUCUUGAUUGUUCUGAUGGUAUUAGAAAUCCUGGAAGCAUAUGUUGCAAUGAGAGUAUGUUACUCAUAGGUAGCAAUACUUCAAACAAAAGUUCUAUAAAGGUCUUCAAAGUAUCAUAUGAGUAA